AGUAAAAAAAUUGACACCCAAAAGAAAAUAAAGAAUGAGAGGAAAGUAUCUUUGUUUACUAGUGCUCAUUGUCUUGGCCUCCAAUGAAGUACUUGCUGCCAGUAACAACUCUUCAACACCUAAAGUAAGAAGAAGUGAUUUUCCAGAAGAUUUCAUUUUUGGGUCUGCAACAUCUGCUUACCAGAUUGAAGGGGCUGCCCAUCAAGAUGGUAGAGGACCAAGUAUCUGGGAUACAUACUCUGAAAAAUAUCCAGAGAAGAUAAAGGAUGGUAGCAACGGGUCUGUUGCAGCUGACUCUUACCAUCUUUACAAGGAAGAUGUGGCUUUAUUGCAUCAAAUUGGCUUCAAUGCUUACAGAUUUUCUAUCUCAUGGUCGAGAAUAUUGCCUCGAGGAAAUUUAAAAGGAGGAACUAACCAGGCUGGUAUUGACUAUUACAACAACUUAAUCAAUGAGCUUUUGUCCAAAGGAAUUAAGCCUUUUGCCACAAUUUUCCAUUGGGACACACCACAAAGCCUUGAAGAUGCUUUCGGUGGAUUCCGUGGCGCAGAGAUUGUAAACGAUUUUCAAAAUUAUGCGGAUAUUUGCUUUAAGAAUUUUGGAGAUAGAGUGAAGCACUGGAUGACAUUGAACGAGCCAUUAACAGUGGUGCAACAAGGGUAUGUUGCAGGUGGAAUGGCUCCAGGAAGAUGCUCCAAUUUCACAAAAUCUAAUUGCAAAGGCGGGGAUGGAAUUACCGAGCCUUAUAUCGUCGGUCACAACCUCCUCCUUGCUCACGGAGCCGCCGUAAAAGUCUACAGGGAAAAAUACAAGGCAUCUCAAAAAGGUCAAGUUGGUAUCGCUUUGAGCGCGGGUUGGUACUUGCCCUAUACAGAAUCAGCCGCAGAUAGGUUAGCUGCGGCACGAAUCAUGGCCUUCACAUUUGACUACUUUCUGGAGCCACUUGUAACUGGUAAAUACCCAGUCGACAUGGUCAACAACGUUAAAGGCGGUCGUUUACCUACAUUCACCGCUCAACAAUCUAAGAUGCUUAAGGGCUAAUCUGAUUUCAUUGGCAUCAAUU